AUGGGCCGACCCUCAAGCCUUCAUCAUCUGAAUGGUCUUACAGGACGGGCUGGCGGUGCUCAGACCUAUCUGAAACGAGAAGAUUCCAACCAUACAGGAAGUCACAAUAUCAACAAUGUCCUUGCUCAGACCCUUUUGGCGAGAACGGUUCGGAGACGAAAGAACAACGACAGCACUUACGAGUUGUGUACUCAAUGCUGUGGUAACCUGUUUUCCUUUUGCUCGGAUUCUGGUAUCAAUCUGAUCGGUCUUGAAGCCGCCUGGAAUGUACAGACACCAAGAAUAUUCUACGACCCUGCUGACGGCUCGAUCAGCUAUUUACACGGUGCCAUGACCUACGUAUUGCAAGAUGAGCACAGUCAGACUAGCAAUUCCUACUCGAUCUUCGCGGGACUGGAAUAUCCGGCCGAGUUCACGCUAGCCUUGCGUCGGGCCAAUACGGCGUCCGAGCGAAAGGCUGCGAUGAUUGCCUUCCCAGCUUCCACGGACGACGAUGUCACUGCUGUAACUUAUGCCACGCGAUCAAACUUGGAGAUUGCUGUCAAAUGUAGUGGCCACCAUUACUCAAACGCCAACAGCAUCGAAAAUGGCACGGUCAUUGAUAUGGGCGCGCUCAGGGACGUCUCGAUCGACAAGGAGAAUAGCCGUGUAACCAUCGGCGGCCGGUGUCUAUGGGGAGACGUCUACAUGGCGCUGAGGGACGAGAAUCUUGUCUGUGUUGGAGGUGGUGUCCAUGUUGUGGGAGUUGGUGGUCAUCUCACUGGAGGCACGGCCCGACGUAUCUUUUCGUGA